GACAUCGUCUUGGAUCUUCUGGAAAAAUGAAAUUCUUUGUUAUUGCCUUUGCUGUGAUCGCAGCUGCCUCGGCGGCCUCCAUUGCCACGGAUUACCUGCCGCCAGUGGACAACAACCUCGAAGCUGCCUCCGAUCUCGUCGAGCUGCCCGCCGAGCAGGGAGUUCUCUCCGACGAUGGAUACCGCUACAAGACCGUGCGUCGCCUGAAGUUGCGCCACCGUCGUGAUGUGAACGAGCUCCCCUCCGGUGAAUACCUGCCCCCCGUUGAGGAGUCCGCCUCCGAGGCUGUUGCCGUCGAGACUCCUCUUGCUGAUGAUGGAUACCGUUACAAGACCGUCCGUCGUGUGAUCCGUCGUCGUCGUGAUGUCUCUGAGCUGUCCCCUGAGUACCUGCCCCCUGUUGAGGAAUCCGCCUCCGAGGCUGUUGCUGUGGAGACUCCUCUGGCUGAUGAUGGAUACCGCUACAAGACUGUCCGUCGUGUGAUCCGUCGUCGUCGUGAUGUGAACGAGCUCCCCUCCGGUGAAUAUCUGCCCCCCGUUGAGGAGUCCGCCUCCGAGGCUGUUGCUGUUGAGACUCCCCUGGCUGAUGAUGGAUACCGCUACAAGACUGUCCGCCGUGUGAUCCGUCGUCGUCGUGAUGUGAACGAGCUGUCCGCCGAAUACCUGCCCCCUGUCGAGGAAUCCGCCUCCGAGGCUGUUGCUGUGGAGACUCCUCUGGCUGAUGAUGGAUACCGCUACAAGACCGUCCGCCGUGUGAUCCGUCGUCGUCGUGAUGUGAACGAGCUCCCCUCCGGUGAAUACCUGCCCCCUGUGGAGGAAUCCGCCUCCGAGGCUGUUGCUGUUGAGACUCCCCUGGCUGAUGAUGGAUACCGCUACAAGACCACCGUCCGUCGUGUGAUCCGUCGUCGUCGUGAUGUGAACGAGCUGUCCGCCGAAUACCUGCCCCCUGUUGAGGAAUCCGCCUCCGAAGCCGUUGCCGUCGAGACUCCUCUGGCUGAUGAUGGAUACCGCUACAAGACCGUCCGCCGUGUGAUCCGUCGUCGUCGUGAUGUCUCUGAGCUGUCCCCUGAGUACCUGCCCCCUGUUGAGGAGUCCGCCUCCGAAGCCGUUGCUGUGGAGACUCCUCUUGCUGAUGAUGGAUACCGCUACAAGACUGUCCGUCGUGUGAUCCGCCGUCGUCGUGAUGUCUCUGAGCUGCCCUCCGGCGAGUACCUGCCCCCCGUGGAGGAGGCUGCCUCUGCCAUCAUUGAUGUGCCCGCCGAGCAGACCGUCCUGGCCAGCGAUGGCUACCGCUACAAGACCGUCCGCCGUCUGAAGCUCCGUCGCCACUAA